UUAUUACUAUUAUUCUUUUUAUAUUGCCCUUGUUUUUGCUAUUGCACGUGCAGAAGUUUAAAAUAACUCAUUCCAAUUUCAUUUUAAUUUAAAACAAGAUAUACGUGGAAAUAAAUGUUAGAACAUUUGUUUGGGAUGCGUUAGUUACCAAAUGGCACCUGAUGGUACACUUGUGUGUGUGUGAAAAGAACGGGCCUUGCGCUCUACUACAGAGAGAGAGAGAGAGAGAGAGAGAGAGAGAGAGAGAGAGAGAGAGAGAGCUUUCCUACACAAUGGCGGAAAAUUAAAGGUAUGUUUGCUAGAAGCUUUGGUUCCUUAUCCGGGGACUGCUUCGCUCGUUGCCAUUGGGCCGCCAAAUCACGUGAUCAAAGUAACUUUACAGGGUUGCUCGCUAGUAGGAGGGCUUUAUGGAGCAGAAAAACGCCAAAGCUAGAAAAAUUAUUUCCCACUCCAGAAAUUAAUGAUCAUGAGCUCGUAUUUGAUGGACUCUAACUACAUCGAUCCGAAAUUUCCUCCUUGCGAGGAAUAUUCGCAAAAUAACUACAUCCCCGAACACAGUCCCGAAUAUUACGGCCGCGCCAGGGACGCCAGCUACCAGCAUCACCACCAAGAGUUGUACCCUCCGCGGGCGAACUACCAGGAGCGCCAGUACAACUGCGCCAGCAUCCCUGAGCCCGAUGCCCAGAGAGGACAUGGACUACCUAAUACGGGCCACCUGCUUGGGAAAGGGCAGCCUGUAUCAUGUGAGCCCCCUCAGUUACCCCUGUCCCCGGCCACUCCACCGGCAGCCUCCUCAGCCUGUAAUCAAGCUACUCCGGAGCAUCCCAACAGCACAGCCUCGGCCAAGCAGCCAGUUGUUUACCCAUGGAUGAAGAAAAUUCACGUCAGCACCGUGAACUCUAGUUACAAUGGAGGGGAGCCCAAGCGAUCUAGAACUGCUUACACCCGUCAGCAAGUGUUAGAACUGGAGAAGGAAUUCCACUAUAAUCGCUACUUAACGCGGCGAAGACGCAUCGAGAUCGCUCAUUCCCUGGUUCUCUCUGAGAGGCAGAUCAAAAUUUGGUUUCAGAAUCGCCGGAUGAAGUGGAAAAAAGACCACAGGCUACCAAACACCAAAGUCAGAUCCUCCUCUUCCGGCAUGUCCUCCGGCUCCAACACAGGCUCGUCGGCAGGCGUUGUUGCGGCCGCCUCGACCAGUAACACCAUUGCAGCCAACGAGGAGCUCUCUGGAUCCGAGCGAGAGGAUAUUACGAGGUUAUGAGAGAACUAUUCCACGGAGAGAAGGAACGGAGCAGCUCGAAAUGACUGAUUUAUUUAUAUAACAGGAUAUAUAUUUUUUGCUUUUGUUUUUCCACUUUAUUAUAUUUUAUUUUUAUUUUUUUUGGUAGGUAUCUUGUGCGCCCAAACGGUUUGCUUUAAGUCCACCGUUAUAUAAAGUGCAUGUUAUAUAGCAUGGAUUAUUGCGAAAUUACUUUUAUGCGAAACAGGGUUUAAUUUAUAUGCUGAAUCAGGAUGUUUUAAUCUCCAGACAUAAGGGUCAGUUUUUGGACAAAGGCAGUUUAUGGACACUAUAUUCCUGUUACUGAGGGCCUCUCUGUGCCCAGCUGCCAAGGUGAAGUGCACAAAUGUUCUAUUUAUUUCACACAACGAGACUGAAGGAAAGUUGCUUUUAUACUGUACAUGAAAAAAAAAGAAUAAUAAUAUCGACAAUUCUGAUAGAAAAAUUAACGUCUUUGUUGAUCUAAGAACAAAAUGCUGUGACUUAAGUGUCGUAUGAAAAGGUUCAAUUUUUAAAUGAUCUUUUACUUUUGUUGUGGUGGCGUUGUGUUUAGGCUAUUAAAACCAGAUUAUUGUGAGAUGCAAUAAAUCGACUUUAGUGUAUUUGUGAUAAUAUUGGUCAAUAAAAGUAAGUGUCUGUUAGUUUUA